AUUCCCUGUGUGACAUAACCUGUAAUCUGUAAUCUCUACACAUUUUCGCUAAGUGAACUCCUCUGAUUUUUUUAGCUACGACACAUCUUAUUUAAAAUAGAAAUUUCAUAAUAAUUUCGAAUGUUGUGUUAAGAAACAACAAUAAUGCAGCGUUGUCAAAGGUUACUUUUUCAGUUACGCGGAACUUACGGUAUCGGGAAGCCGAGAUCUGCAUUUUGUAGAUUCUCGACUACAGAUUCUACCGAUCCACCUUCAGCAAAUGAAACAGAAAAAUUGCAAGUUGAGAAACAAAGCAAUGUUAGUGAAAAUGAAGAAAUUGUGAAAUUAUCCGGAUUUGCGCGUGCUUUUGAAAAGUAUACAAAAGAAGAAGAAAAAGAACCAGUGAAAGAGGAAUCUUUCGCAUCCAUGCUACGACACUCAACAUUCAUCGAUCUGGGUGAUCCGGAAGGAAAAAUAGCAAUAGGUAAGAUCUAUCAUGUCGUCGAAGAUGACCUAUACAUUGACUUUGGAUGGAAAUUUCCUUGCGUGUGUUCUCGACCUGCAAAUAGUGGACAUUUAUAUGUAAGAGGAACUACCGUCAAACUAAGGAUAAAGGACCUAGAACUGUCCACCAGAUUCCUUGGCUCUCCUAAAGAUUUAACUAUUUUAGAAGCUGAUUGUUCGCUAAUAGGUGUUGUAUCUUCUCCUGUUAGUAAAUAUUCUGAACAAGGAAAAGGAAUUUCCAGCCAUAAGGCGUCUACGUAUCGUAUGACAACAUAAAAUAUUAUCAAGUGUUUAUGAACUUGCAAUAUAUAUCGUAUGGAAUUACAUAGAGAAAUUAGCUUACUGAUUUUGUAUAUAUGUAAUAAAAUAAAAUGUAUAAAAAACAGAAA